CUGGCCAAUAAGACCGCAUUGCAGCCCGAAGGGGGUGUCCGCAAAUUGCCCAGUUGGGAAGUAGAAGGCAACCACGCCACACAGGAGUGGGGUCUGCUGCUGCGAAGUUGCGGCAUUCAUGGCGCAUGCUUGUGCAUAGUGCAUGAGUCAUUACAUCGAGUCACGGAUUGCUCCUCGUAAACCGGACGUGUCGGCGGGGGCUGAAAGUCGUCGUAGGCUGCAGCGUCGAGGGACGAGAUGAAGUCGAGCUUUGAAAGGCGGGGGCGUGGACUCGCUGACUCCGCCCCGCUGGGGGACGUCUGCCUACAGCCUUAAUCAACGAAGGCCAGCCAUAUCGCCAAAGCACAACCUCAUGUGGAUGUCUGGACGUAUAGAAUCCUGCGGAUCCCGACGAUCAUGUCUCUCCAGCCCACUCUGCCUAGCACGACAUACUCCAAUCACUUCCUCCAACUCCCCCGAGAGCUCCGCGACCUGAUCUACCACCUCCUAACAACCGAAACGCGCCCCCUACCCGAAGGCCCCGACCACGCAGGCGAGCGCAUCUACCAAAGCAAAAUCUACUUCGAAGCCCGCUCGCCUCGUCCAGCGCUCCUGCAACUCAAACUCACCAAUCGUCAAAUCCACGCCGAAGUAGCCGAUAUCUUGACCAAGCGCGUGUCCAAACGCGUCGACGGCGGUCCCCAACAAGCAUGUCUGGAUAUCAUGGUGCGCGGCUCCUCCAUCUGGCCCACCUGGAUUUCCCUCCCGACAACACCAGAGCUGGACCCAGUGAUUAAUAUCAGCCUCCGCUUAUUUGAGACUAAAGGGCACGCAAGCGAGUUCAGCACCGGCGCGUAUCGCGGCCUGUGGUCGCUGUUCAACCUGCUGGUCUCCCAAGGGCCAUGUCUGACUCCUAACCGAACGCGGCGAUUGCCCGAGUCGCUGCGGAUAGCGAGACUGCGGUUCAACAUCCUGCUGUGCUUUCCCGCGUCUGUGGACGAUUUGUUCGGGACGUAUAGGGAUGUGUUUGACCGGUUGGAGAAGUUGGCGUUUGACAAUGUUGGGCUCGGGAAUGUGGAGACGAUUGAGGCGUGCAUGGGGGUUGAUAGGAGGGUGUGGAGGUUGAAGCAGCUGCCUACGGGCUUGACCUUGCCGAGUCGGAUUGAGUGAUUC